GCAGAGAGACUUGAAGUUAAAAAAAGGAAAGAAGAAAUGCAAAGAAAAGAGAUGUUCCUUGAAGACCAAUAUUACAAAACCAAUGAAUUAUUGAACAGAUUGGACUUGGGUUUGCCAAAGAGUGAUUCCUGUCAGAUUGCUAAUCGUGGCCCCGAAUCUACAGCAUGGACUAGGAGCCGUAUUUACAAGCAAGCUCUUCGAGAGGAUGAAAACAGAAGAUUGGAGGAAAUGAAGCGAGAACAACGGAGGAAGGCUGAAUUAAUGGAAUUUAAACAAAAACAAGAAGAGGAAGCCAGGAUGAGAGCACAUCAAAACGAACAGAGGAGGGUAAAUAAUGCUUUCCUGGACCGACUCCAGAACAAAACGCAACCUAAUAGCAUCAACCAACCUGGAUAUUCUGGGAGUCUGGACUACCUCAGUAACGGCGCCUGGGUAAGCUUUUUGGGCACAGAAAGUGAAAGCAAUGGGAUUGUUUAA